CGGGGGAAAAGAAAACUGUGUUCGCCCCCAAAGUCUUUGAACCCUUUUUCGCCCAUAGCUACUACCUUACUCUUCGUCUUCCUCCCACUCACUCUGCAACACAAGAUGCUCAAAAUAUCCGCUCUGAAGAUUUAGCUUAGCUUGCCUACGCCUGUAUUCUUCUUCAAUCAUAUUCUAGGGUUUACACCGUCGCCGCUUUCUGCCGGAAGCUUUCUUCUUUCAUAUUUUACUGUAUCCAGGAGAACUUCCUUAUUGUUAUGAGUGGAAGUGGCAGAAAACGCUCGUCAAAGUGGGAUUUGAGAGAAGAAUCAAGACCUGGUUGGAUUUCUCCCGAACUUGCAAGUGAUGAUGGUUCCAAGCGGUCUGGUAUGGAGACCACCAAUACUGUUUCAAAAUCCAAGAAAGAUUGGGGAUUGCUGUCAAAGGAACCUUUAUCUGAAACCAGAGAUUCACAUAAGGAGGAUUACACUAAUAAAGGCUAUAAUAAAAAUAUGGAAGGCACUGCUGAGUGGGAUGCUGACAAAAGCUACAGCACAAGAAUGUCUCCUGGUUUAGAUGGAUGGAGAAGACAUAGCUCUAAUCCGUCGGAUAGAAAUGAUUGGAGCAGGUCAGUGAGGGGUAGGAGUAGAAGCAGGAGUUGGAGUAGAAGUCGGAGUAGAAGUAGAACUCCUCCUCGUAGUUUUAAGCGGGACUCAGGAUUUCAUGAUAGGAACAGAAACAGAACCCGUGUUUCAACUCAAUUGUGCAGAGAUUUUGCUUCUGGCAGAUGCAGGCGAGGUGGUGGCUGUCCAUUUCUUCAUCCAGAAAAUCAAAAUCUGGAUGACAGCUGGGAAAGUCGGAACAAGAAGGGGGGCCGAUCCGUAAGAUCAACUCCCCAUGAUUUUAGGGACUAUUCCAGGAGCGGAAGGCCAGCUGCUCCUUGUACCGACUUUGUGAAGGGAAGGUGUCAUAGGGGAGAAUCUUGCAAGUAUCCUCACGACAGUGGAUUUCAUGAACUAUCACGAGGUUCUUCAAAUGAUAUUAGUAGAGACAGGGAAAAUGAUAGGAGUAAAGAAGCAUAUUUAUCACGUGGUGAGCGUGAACCUUCCAGUAGCAGUCUUGUUAUCUGUAAUUUUUUUGCUGCUGGAACUUGUCGUAAUGGAAAAAAUUGUAAGUAUUCUCAUCAGAGCCAGCCAUGUGCGAGUCUAGAGAGGAAGUCAAGUGCUGAUAGAUGGGAACAAAUCGAAUGUUCAGAUGGUAGGGAACGGUUGUGGGAUGGCUCAAAAUCAAAUGAGUUGGCCAGUGGUUCAGAUUUUACUCAGUUGAGAGAGGAAAAAAACAAACAAAUUGCUAGUCAAGAAUCAAGAUAUACAUGGCCUUCGGAACUAAAAGGAGGUCAUGGUUUGAAUAACGAGAGCAAAAUUCAGUGGGAUCAAGCUGCUAGCAUCAAGGCAGUUCAGAACAGCAAGAAUGAUAUCAUUCUGAGCAAGCCUGAGGAUACUGGUGGUUGCAUAGGCACUUCUGAUUCUAGAGGUCACAGAAAGUGGCCAAGUGAUGAUAUGGAGAUGUCUCCUGAUUGGCACUUCCCGGUGCAACCAUCGAAUCACGUGGUGAAAGGAGAUUGCAACAUUAUUCUGGAUUCUGGCUCUCAAACUUCUAUGGCUUUAGCCACUCUCAGCCAUGCGAUAGUUCAAGAAGCUUUGGCUAAGAAGCAAGACGUUACCAUAGAGCCUCUGACAGUUGAUAAUACUCAUUUUAGGCAAAACCAUAAUUUAACAAAAGAUGUUACUAUGGCAUCAGUAUUCAAUGAUAAGAUAACAAUUGACAAAACUAUUGCUUCACAUGCUGAAGGCAAUCCUUCUGGUAACAUUGUCCUUGGACAAAAAAUGGCAUAUCACCCCGACCAUCCAGGCGGAAGUGUAAUGAAUCCGAACGUUGCAGAUGGCAUUUUCAAAGUCAAACCACGAGAGGAUGAUAGGAGCAUGCCAGGGAUUAAUCCUGUAACAACUAUCACUCCGAACAUGGUAACCAGUGACCAAAUUACCCAAUUAACUAACCUUUCCGUUUCUCUAGCUCAAUAUUUUGGAAAUGUGCAACCAUUGCCUCAAUUAUAUGCCUCCCUUAGUACACAUAAUGUGUCAGAAAUACCUUCCUUCCCUUAUUCUGAUGCACCAGUCGGUGCUUUGGGUACGUUGAUGAAGACAAGUCCUAUAAUUGAAUGCUCGAAGCAACAUGACUCUACUGUCUGCAAUAGCUUAGAGGUGAAGAAGCUUGAAGCCACUAAAAUACCUUCAGACUCUUUACUGAAUUUCACUGGACAGAAAAGCAUGAUAGAUGCGAAGGAUGAAGUACAGAUACCAAUUUUUCCUCUAUCAUCCGAUCCUUCUAACAAGAUUGCCAUCUCUGCAAAAGAAACACUGAAUGAAAGUGAUGCAAUAAAUCAUGGGAAGCGAGCCGCUGAAGGUGAGGCUAACAACAAGAAGAAUGGUGAUGGGGAUAAUGAGAACAGGACUGAAGCAGGGGCGAAUGAGGAUUCUGAAGAGAAUGAUACUGCAGAAAAUGCGAAUGGAAAUGAUGGGGUCCAUGACAAGAAGAAAGGUAAGGAUACUAAGGGAAUUCGUGCUUUUAAAUUUGCACUCGUGGAGUUCGUCAAGGAGCUUCUAAAACCUACAUGGAAGGAAGGUCAUAUCAGCAAAGAUGUUUAUAAGACCAUAGUCAAGAAAGUGGUGGACAAAGUGACAGGUACCCUGCAGGGGGGUCAUAUUCCUCAAACGCAGGAGAAAAUUGAUCAGUAUCUUUCAUUUUCAAAAUCAAAGCUCACUAAACUUGUCCAGGCAUACGUGGACAGAGUUCAGAAGACGAGUUGACGAGGCGAGGUUGUCGAAGAACAUCGUAUUUUUUCUUUUAUAUAAAUCCUGUGUACUAAUUUGAUAGAAUGAUGCAGCAUUCUGAAUGAUGUUUAUCAUGUCUUACUAAUGUAGUGUAAUGUAUGUCCCUAUUAGCAGUCUUAGGUACACCUUUCUUCUGCCUUCUGCAAAUUUGUUGCUUUUAGUUUGUGCAUUCUUCAUCUUUUAUUGUUGUAUGAAUGGCUACCACUUUUCCAGGACCUCA